CUGAAAUCAGCACAGCAGACGUAGCGCCUUGGCUCACUGAGGGAUAUUGUGGAUAUUAUACUCCGUGGAGCAUCGGUUUGAGGAGCAUGACAACCGGGGCCAUUCCGGACGCAGCGGAUUGGGAGAAGUCCGCUCUCAGUCAAGCCGAGCUGAUAAAGAGGAGGAACAGGAUGGCAAUAUGGCUGGUACUGGGCAUGCUCUGUCUGUCCCUGGUCCUGGUCAUUCUGGGGCUCUACACCACCACUCGCACAGAGAGCCUCAGCAUCACCGGAUACACCUCUGGAGUCAUUUUGGCGUUUGGAUCCUUCCUGGGUGUUCUUGGACUCUGCCUGGAGGAAAACCGAAAACAGCUGCUUGUGGCGGCCAUUGUUUUCCUCAGCUUCGGGAUCAUAGCCUCCUUCCUGUGUCUGGUGGUGGAUGGCGUCUUCAUCGUUUUCAACAUGGAUGUCCGUCCUCUGAAAGCAGGGAGAUGCCAGUUUUACAGCAGUGGAAACAGCUACAUCUAUGAGAAUUACUAUGCCUCUGUGCCAUGCCAGGGUCUCACGGAGUCAUGUAGUAUGAAGGUACGCAGUGGGACCUGCUACUGCUGCGACCUUUAUGACUGUGCCAAUGGGGGCUACAUGAACAACUACUAUGAGUUUGUGGGUGUGCGGAGCUGCGGGGACGUGCUGUCCCUGUACGUGUUGAUCUGGGUGCUGACCAGCCUCAACCUGGUGGCCGCCUUCCUGGGUAUCCUGACCACCGCCGUGCUGGGAAGCAUCAAGGACAAGAGGAGCAGCUCAGUGACCCUGUCGUCAACUCAUCUCUCCGAAUGGGGAUGUCUCUCCUCCCCCACUGCCCCCCUGCUGAUGGACAACACCAACACAGGACACCAACACCUCUACCCAAGAGCAUCCCUAUACUUUGCCCCAGCGGCGGGGGCGGAGUUCCCCCAGAGUGAUUCAUCAGUACCCCCCCGUCCGGACCCCAACCCCUCUCCCUUCGCCCCGCUCUACAGUUGAAGUCGGAAGUUUACAUACAGUGAGGGGAAAAAGUAUUUGAUCCCCUGCUGAUUUUGUA